CAGUAAUGGUGACGAGGACUUCCGGUAACUUCUUGGCGGAAUUUCAUCAGAGUGAACAGAAAUAGCACUGAUGAUUCAUGGUUUCCUGUAAAUAAAUUGUGUUGCUUUUUCUCUCCAAGUACAUUAAUUGAUUUCUAGAAAUCCAAUCUAUACUGUGCGUGUACGAUUCAUAGAGCCUUCCACUUAUUCCGUUGUUUUUAAAAAAAAUUACAGCGUUUGCAAAAUCUUGUCCCACUCUCAUUUUUGACUCAACUGCGUGAGAAAAAGCAUCGGGCAUCGUUGCUUCAUAUUGAUUGAUUGCAGGCGACAAGCAAAUGCAAGAGUAGAAAGAAAGGUCUAUGCUGAAAUUAAAGUCUGAAUCUGAAUUGCAUCGAUAAGUCACCUUAAGUGGACUAAUCUACCCACAGAUCUUCUCUGAUGUAAUUUAAAUUUAGGGAUCUAAUCUAGAAUCUAGAUUUCUACAACUUAGAGUGUCUGCUGCUAUGCUAUGCUAUUAUUAUUGUGAAUGACAAGCCUGCCUACUGUGUGUACUACAUUUGUUUUGUUGCUGCUGUCACAAGGCGUGACAAGGCCAAGGCUGGCCCUUUUCCAGUCUAAGUGUAGCCUAAAGCUAAAUUAUUGAUUAAAGUUGACGUGAACUCAAGACAACCAUGAAGAAUUUAAUCAUGAGAUCAUGGAUGCUACCAGUGCUCCUCCUGGUGCUGGGAACUGUGACUCAAAAUGCUGGAGCAUUUGGAGACUACAAUUCGGAUAAGAUAUUGUUGUCUGAUCUUAAAGCUCUAACUCUUCAUCAAGGCCAAAUGACGAAUGCUCGAAGAUCACCACCUGUUCCUCAAUUGAAAUGUGUCGGUGGAUCUGCACAGCAUAGAUUCCAGCCAAAAGUUGUUCAGUGCAUCAACCAAGGCUCUAAUGGCUACGAUAUUCAGUGGGAAUGUAAGACCGACAUGGACAACAACUACAGGUUUGGACAUGUGGAGGUCUCGUGUGAAGGUUAUGACUAUCCAAAUGACCCCUAUGUGCUCAAAGGAUCUUGUGGGCUUGAGUAUACCAUUGAGUUCACGGAAGAAGGUCUGGCAAAGGAGAAACAGAGAGGGGGCAGCAGCUACAGCAGCUAUCCUACCAGUCAUAAAUCGGAGGGAGGAGUAGGCGGCCUGUUUAUGUUCUUGGCCAUCCUGUGUGUAAUGUACAUCAUCUACAAGACCUGCAUCGCCCCUGACGUGACCCCUGGAGGUCACAGAGCUCCGCCCACAGGGACUGCCCAGCCCCCACCUUACGGCUUCCGCCCAGAGUUCCAGGCCCCUACAGGACCCCCUCCCAGCUAUGAAAGCACACAGAGCUCUUCCUAUUGCGACCCAGGAUUCACCAGCUCCGCUUACUCUCGAGCCAGCGCCCCUCCCCCUUUCUCCAGCAACACUGCAGAAGGAACAGGUGGUGGUGGCUUCUGGUCCGGGGCUGCCACGGGCGGCGUCCUGGGCUACAUGUUCGGUCAGGGCAACAACCGACACCACUACAACAACUCCCACAACCGCGGAUGGGGAGGCAGUGGCUGGGGAGGCAGUGGCUGGGGAGGCAGCGGCUGGGGUGGGUCGUCACAGGAGCAUCAUCAUCACCACCACCACCGCAGCGACAGCCCCUCAGGGUCUUUCUUCUCCAAGUCUUCGUCCUCGCCUUCGUCCGGGUCCUCUGGGACUCGCACUGCCUCAGGAUUCGGUGGAACGUCUCGUCGGUAGUUUGUCGACAAAACAUCUCACCUUUUUAUGGUUUGGGAAAGGAGAACGGAGAAUCCUGAAAGGUGAAUGUGCUGUCUUUCUCUCUUUUUCUACUGAAACGAUGCAGCUAGAUUGAUCUGUUGUCACAAAGAAAAGGGGAAUUGAUUGAAUCAACUAAGUUGUAACUUUUUUGAGCGAGUCAUUAAAAAAAAAAAAAGGGUGUUUUUGGUCUUUGAUUCUACCCCUGCUCCUUCUUUUUUUUUUUUCAAAGAGAGAUUUCUUCAGUACACAAUUCUAUUGUUUCUGUUGUUUCUCUUUAUCAUAUGAUACACAUAUCCUGAUCCUCCAGAGACAUCUGUCGCUGAAUAUCGAGUAACCCACGUGCAGACACAUCUGUGUACUUGCAUUUCAAUCUUUUUAACUGAUCAAAACUAUGUAGUGGAGAUACAGCUAAUAGGAUAUACUGUCAGACAUCACAACAUCUGCCAGUGAUGUCAGUUGUAUUAACAAUAUUGACAUUUAUUCAGAAAUUCAACUUGUUUCGCUUUUCGUGCAAAGUCAAUAUCGAGAUUUUGUUGGUGUGCCUAGUGUCUCACAGAUAACUGAAUUCUGAUGGACGAGGUGUGUUUUUUUUCAAACAGUAAAUAUUUUUUUUCUCUUCCCUAUUUCCAAUGUCAUUCAGUUUAUUCCAGGGAAAGAAUAAAGCUGAAAAUAAUUUAGUGUUAGAUUUUAUACAAAGUACUUUCCGUCUUUAUUCCAUCCCUCCAAAAGUCUGUAAAAGCAUCAGAAUGCCUAUCAUGUGUAUUUUGAUAGAAAAAUAAACAAAUUUUUUUUUGGAGGAAAUCAAGUAUUAUUGUCGAAUCUUGUAAGCGAGGUCUUGGCAGGAGGUCGAUAAAUCAUGUUGAUCUUGCUGUUACUUGUGAUAAUCGGAGCUGGUCUCAUCCGUGCAAUUAUUCAUGACAUUUAUUUUGGGGUUUCCUCACAAAAUCUGCGUGUGGAUGACCCUGGUUCAAAUCCACAGUGGGACAUUUUUUAAUGUGGGUUGUUUGGGGGUGAUUUGAAGGAUCUCAGCCCAUUUGGCUUGGUCCUGUAGGAGAUGACGUCAAUUUCGUAUGUCUUGCUCCCUAGAUACUAAUUGGUCAUUAUUUUGAGGAGCUUGAACCUGCACCUAUAUCAAAGUUUUCAAGGUGUACACUAACCUUGAUAUAAUAUAUAUGUAAAUAGGAUUGUGUGUUUGUGGGAAGAAGAGAAGGCUUGAGGGUGCAGUGGUGUGUGAGUGUGCUUGUGUGUGUGUGUGUGUGUGUGUGUGUGUGUGUGUGUGUGUGUGUGUGUGUGUGUGUGAGUGAGUCUUUAUG